CGUCAGUUUUUUUUAACCUAGCAAUAAACAUUUGUCAAAAAUUAUUGUGCUACAAUUUGUUAACAAAUUCCCCGAAAAAAAUAAUUUAGCGAUUGAGGUGUUAUCUUUAAAAAUGGACACGCCAUCCGAGACCAAUCCACCAGUUAAUCCACCAGUCAAUCCACCAGUCAAUCCACCAGUUAAUCCACCAGUUCCUGACGCCCUUCCAACAAUACCAGUUUAUCCUUUGGACGUGCAAUUUAUGAAUUUCGCAAAGUAUAUGGAUCCCAAGGCGGAUGGAAAAACCAUAACAAUUCAACAGCUCGAUAGAUGGUUUGUGCAAGCCGAAAUUAUUAAUUUUAGAAAUAUUACCUACACCGAUACCGGAGUAAGCUUUAAUAAAUUUAAAAGGCUAUCACUUGACUACAAGACUUUUCUAUUACUUUUAUUGGAGUUUUGCGAAAAAAAGGAUCUGGAUGUAAAAGAAACGAAAAACAAGCUUAAAAGUUGCGGCGCACCUGGAUUUGAUAAAAAUGUACGAGUUAUUAUUAAUGCUUAUGUUUUAUAUUUAACGUUCAGUAAAAUACUUGGUUUUUAAAAAUUACUGUUUGUAUUAUUUCGAUCUUUUUCAGAAACUCACCACUGAACAACAACCAGCACAAGAGCAGAAGGAGACAUAAAUAUUAUAAAUUUAUAAAAUUUGUAUUGCCACCCCAUAAAUAAAAAUAUCUA